UUUUUAUGUGUUUGUUGUUGUCAUCAGUUGUCGUCGUUUUUGGGAUUCAAUUGAAUCCACUUUUAGUCUCAAUUCACGGCUUAAUUGUGUCUUCAGUUUUGUCUUUCAUAUCAACCAAACCAUCGAUUGGUCUGUGAUUUUCGUAUGCAUUGAAUGAAUGUUUGGGCCGCAGAAGACACGAUCGGAUCAGAUAAGACAACGACUGGCGGAUCAGUUGCGGUGACAAUGAGUGAUCGAUGGCGUCCGACAGUUGUAACAGUUUAUAAACAAUCGGAGGAGACGUUUGCGGACGACGUGCGAAGAGUGGGUCCAGUCUUCUUGAGACCCGUCGACAGGUAUGAGUUCGCGGCCAAUAGGAGGGCAGACAUCGAGUUCUGCGACAAGACAUACGUGAAGAUUAGUCGCGACAUCACUGCCCGCACUGACCGCUACUUCGGCACUGUUUGCCACCGAAGACCGUCCGCGAAGUCGAGGACCCGAUUUAGACAACCCGUACGUCCGGUGAGCGCUCGGCCGCCGCCGCGCCCGUCGCCAUCCGAGUCGCCCGUUCAGAGCACUUCUCGUCAAUCGGCGACGACUACUGACUCGACUCUCAUUACUUUAGAUCAAUUACAAGAGAGCAUUCAGGCGGCGAAGAGUACUGUCACCAAAAACGGGUCCCGCAAUACCGGCGGACGUUGUAAUGCUGUCACAGAAAUAGGUACAGAAGAGAUCGACAGCGAAGAGGAGGAGGAAGUGAUGCCAGACUUGGGAACAGAGGAUAUCGAUAGCGGCGAAGAGGAGGCAGUGCUCACGGAUUUGGGGACCGAAGAUAUUGACAGCGAAGAGGAUUUUAGGGCAGAAAUAGAACGAGAGUAUGGAAAACAACCACAAUAUGGGCCUCUUGUCAGCGACGAAGAAGAGGCGGCACAUGAGGAAGAAGUGGUGCCACAAGAAGACAGUGGCGCUGAAACAGAAGAGGUUCCCGACUCGAAGUAUAGCAGAGUUCUAUUGGCCGCUAGAGCUAUAACAGAGCAGACACACCGUCGAAGCCGUAUUCAUCGAGAAGAGCCCAUAUGUAUUGAAUUGUCCGACUCUGAGGCCGAAGACCAGUCGUCAGUCCAUAAUCACGAAGAAUCGUAUAGAGAGAUGAAUGGCGGACAGGAGGCUAAUGACGAGCCGACGGACAGUAGGAGGCGAUGGCGAACAGAAGGAGGCGAUGGAACCGAUGGAACAGCUGGCGAUGAUUCAGAUUUCGAAGAGUCGCCAGAGUUUCAGAACAUUGUAUUAGAGAACUUUCGGUUAAAUAAAUUGAAACGAUCGGCCGAUCAAUCCAUCGACGAAGACAUGGAUGACAGCCAGAAGAAGCCUAAGAAACACAAGAGAAAACAUAAGAAGAGAUACUAA